AUGAUUGACGAAUCUCGAGACUCUCCUUCGCUAACACCGACGAAGGGAGAUGUCGCCCAGCAACGCACGGUGUAUCUAUUUGGACAACCUAUUGCUCACUCAGUCUCGCCAUAUUUCCACAACACCAUAUUCCAGAAAGUCGGCUUACCAUGGCGUUACAUAAGACUGGACUCAAAAGACCCGGAGGAUUUAGCAUGGCUCAUGCGCAGGAAUGAUUUCAUGGGCGCCGCCGUGACAAUGCCCAAUAAAGUUCAGGCGUUGAGUCUUGUUGAUUCCAUCACUACCGAAGCACAGAAGAUAGGAUGCAUCAACACUAUUUAUGUGCGACCGGAGCUAUCCGGUAAGGGAAAACAGCUUUAUAUUGGAACCAACACAGACUGGAUCGGAAUACAACGGGCGCUACUUAAUGCGGAUCCUGAAAUCAGAACCCAUCUGCAAGAUCAUCCUGCAUUAGUUAUUGGUGGUGGCGCAACUUGUCGGUCUGCGAUUUAUGCCCUCACCGAGGGCCUUGGUGCAAAGGCCGUUUAUUUGAUCAAUCGUGAUCCGGAGGAGGCCAAGUCUUCUAUCAUGGGACUGAAGCAAGCGGGCUUACAACAAGAAAUCCAUUACGUGGAAACCGUCGAUACCGCGCAAGCAAUUGCAUCGCCCAUCGUUGUAGUAAGCGCAGUACCUGAUAUCGCACCUACGACUGAUCUUGAGCAUACUGCGCGCAACAUCACGACCACCAUGAUUCAGACCAAACCAGAUCACACAUCUCCACGUCUCUUUUUAGAAAUGUGUUACGAUCCCACGCCGAUGACUUACAUGGCAAAUUUGGCACAAGAUUUGGGCUGGAAGGUAAUUGACGGAUUAGAUGUGAUGGAACAUCAAGCUAUUGAGCAGGCUGUUCUAUGGACCGAGAAACCACUUCAAAGUUUACCCUCGGAACUUGCCAAUAGUGCUAUACGUCAAGCACUUCACCGGUAA